AUGAAGAAGGGUCAUCCAGGCCAGAGGAGCCCCACCAUGGAGACUCGCAACCACAACCCGGCUGCUCCCCCCUGCCAAGUACAGAAGCCCAUCCAGAACAGCCUCCUGGACCUGACUGAGACGGGCCGAGGCCUGAAGGUGCAGACGCAGAAGCCGCAUCUGGUGAGCCUGGGCAGCGGGCGCCUCAGCACUGCCAUCACUCUGCUGCCCCUGGAAGAGGGCAAGACGGUCCUGGGCUCUGCCGCUGGGGACAUUGUGCUACAGGGGGCAGGGGUGGCCCCCCAGCACUGCUUCAUUGAAAAUGUCUGUGGGACCCUCACGCUGCACCCCUGCGGUCAUCCCUGCGCCAUCGAUGGGCAGCCAAUCACCCGCCCCACCCGCCUGUCCCAAGGGCACGUGAUCUGCCUGGGCCAGGCCACCUUCCUGCGCUUCAGCCACCCAGCCGAGGCCGAGUGGAUGAAAAGCCAAGCGGUGCCGGCCGAGCGGCCCAGCCCAGAGGGCCCCUGUUCCUCCCCAGCCCCAGCCGGGUGGCAGAGCCCCGUCAACGGCGACUCCAAGGGGGCUCCGCUCUCCCUGGUCAGCUCCAUCGAGAGAGACCUGCAAGGCAUUAUGGAUUCCUUGGUGCUGCAGGAGGAAAGCGGCGAUAGGAGCCCUCCGUCCCCAACAGCCAAGGGGGGCUGCUCCCUUCUGUCCCCACCCCAGAGCCCCGGCAACGCCUCCAUGGGGUCCACCUAUGAAAAUGCCUCCUCUCCCCCCUUCUCUCCACUCUCCUCCCCUGCCAGCAGCAGCAGCCGGAGCCCCCUGGCCGGCUGGCAGGAGAAGGUCCCCACCCUCCCCCCUGCAGUGCCUGUCCGAUCCUCCAGUUACUGCCACGCUGCGUUGUUGCCCCCCGGGGGGGCUUCCCUGGAUCCUUCCAGCAGUUCCAGUGGCUUCCUAAGCUCUGCUUGCAGCUCAGGGAGCCCCCGGGCUGAGCAGAAGGCCAGGCGGGAUGGCCCCACGAGCCCCCUGCCAAGGCGCAAGAUCCGGCCUCCUGCAGAGGGUCCUUCUCCCAGCCAGCAUGGUGGCUCUCCACUGGGUAGCCCUCGCCCGCCAUCACCCGGGAACCCUUGCUUGGCCAGGGCUUUCCAGCUGCCCGGGAUGCUGCAGGGCAAGGCUGCAGCCCCCCAGGACCCAGGGCCCGGCUCCUUCUUGAAAAUGCUGCCGGUCGGGGCUCCCCGAUCAGCCCAACUGGGGAAGGCAGCCUGCCAAGGGUCGGAGCUGCCAGGUGGCGUCUCUCAGUCCAUCCGCACCCAGCGGGUCCCCGAGAGUCCCCAGAUCAGCCGGAGACCGACAGAGAGCCUGCGGGAGCGGCCCCCCGUCAGCCCGGCCCUGGGGCGCCGAGCAGUGUCCCCGGCCCCUGGAAGCAGCCUCUCCUCCUCACAGGGCAAGCUUGGGGAGGGUCCCAGGGGGUUGCAGAGAGAAGCGCCUUCCGCUCCGCCCUCCUCCUGCUUGAGGAGCCGCAGCCCCUUGCCUCCCUCCCUCCCUGGAGAGCGCACCCAGCGCAAGCCCCGUGGUGGACCUGGCCUCAGCUCUGCCUCCAGCUUAGGGUGCCUCGUCCUGCCCUCGGACUCUCCCCAGCCAAGCCACCAGGGGGCUGGUGGGUCCCAGCUGUUGGGCCCCACGCGGGAGCGCAAGCAGAGCACCUCCAAGCUGCUGGGCGUGCAUGAGAGCGGCCUGCUGGAGUACCAUCGAUGGCAGCGGCAGGAGCGUCUCCGGGAGCAAGAGAUGGAGCGCUUGGAGCGCCAGCGCCUGGAGACCAUCCUCAGCCUGUGUGCCGAGUACACCAGGGGGGACACUGAGCUGGGCCAAGAGGGCAGUGCCAAUGCUGCUGCUGAUGGGGCGCUCCCCCUGCCAGGGAGCAGCCCCCCCCGGGAGCGAGGGGAGGAGGAGAACUUGCAGGAGGAGAGCAGCAGCACCGAGAGUGCUGGUCAGGAGCAUGAGGUGCCACCCGCCCCAGAGCUGGCCCUUCUGGAAGAGGAGCACGCCCGCCUCCUGGCCAGCACAGAGCGCCUCAAGAGCCGCCUGAAGGGGCUGGAGCAGCAGCUGCGAGAGACCGCUUGGGAGGCGGAGAUGGAGCAGGCCCUCCUCCAGGGCGAGCGAGAAGCGGAGAUCCUGCAGCUGCAGCAGGAACAGCAGGCGGUGCAACUCCUGCAGGAGCAGCUCUGCGGCCUGGAUGCCAGCGCUCGCCACGAGCGGGAGAAGGAGAGGGAAAGGGUGGAUGCGGAAAGGAAGGCGCUUGAGAAACUGCGGGAGUUUUACUCUGAGCUCAAGAGCCAGCUUGAAAACUGCCCCGAGUCAAUGAGGGAGCAAGUGAAGGACCAGAUGCAAAGGGAAGCGGAGGCCCUGGAGACGGGGACCAAGCUCUUCGAAGACCUGGAGUUCCAGCAGCUGGAGAAGGAGAGCCGCUGGGAGGAGGAGCACGAGAUGCUGCACAGCGAGGCCCAGGGCCGCCACCGCCUGGCCCGCCGGAAGGAACGCGUGGCUGCCCUGGAGGGCCAGGCCAAGCAGCUACGGCUGCAGGCUGCUCAGGAGGCCGACCGGCUGCACCAGGAGAGGAGGGCCGCCCUGCAGCGACUCCAGCAGGAGAAGGAAGCCCUCCUGGGGCUGGAGCAACAGUUCUGCGCACUCACCGGCGGCAGCGCUGCCUUUCCCAAGCGCUCGAGCGGCCUCCGAGAGGUUCGAGGGGAAGGCUGGGGAGGAUGUGCCCCAGGAGCCACCCCGCUGCCUGUCCGAUCCCCAGCAUGGCCCGGAAGGACCGCCUUGGUCAAGCAGGGGGUGCUGGAGGUUGGACACUGGUGCCGGACGUGGCAGCAUCCCCCAUAUUACAUGCUCCCCACUUUUGGGGCUCCCCCGCCAGGCAGAUGGCAGGAAGAGAGAGGCAGGCUUUGGGCUGCAGCGAGGAUUGGACUCCUUGGCCCAUUUUACUCCCACAACCCUCCUUUUCCCUCUGGCCGUUCCUGGUCUGGAGCCCUGGGCAGUUGCUCCUCAAUGUGUGUCCUUGGCAGCACCACCUCUCCCAAGGGCUCUCCACCCGCAGGGGGCAGAAGAGGCAGCCCCCCCUGCAAGCUGACCGGCUCCCUUCUUGACCUGGGGAGGAAGCGUGAGGCGUCCCUGCAACACAAGGGGCAUUGGGCAGUUCAGGACCAGUGGCAGCACCUGGCUGACCUGAAGCAGAAGGCGGCAGUGGAGGGUCAGGCCCUGCGAAGGAGGGCCCCCUUCUCCCCCCUUGUGCCCUACUCUGGCCUCCACCAUCACCCCUUCCUGGGCCAAGGUCAAUUGGCCAACGACCCCGAGCCAGCCUACGACACCCUCAGCCUGGAGAGCUCGGACAGCUUGGAGACCAACCUGUCUCUGAGUGGGAACUCGGCCUGCUCCCCAGACAAUGCCUCCAGUGCCAGUGGGGCAGAUGCCAGGAAGAUCGAAGAGAUGGAGAAACUGCUGAAAGAGGCGCAGGCUGAGAGGUCCCGCCUGAUGGAGUCGCGGGAGCAAGAGAUGGAGCUGCGUCACCAGGCCUUGGAGGACGAGCGGCAGAGGCGGGAGCAGCUGGAGCAGCAGCUGCAGGAUGAGACGGCACAGCGGCAGCAGCUGAUUGAGAGAGAGGUCAAGAUGCGGGAGAAGCAGCUGGCUCAGGCUCGCCCCCUGACCCGUUACUUGCCCAUCCGCAAAGAGGACUUUGACCUGCGCUGGCACAUCGAGUCCUCCGGCCACAGCGUGGACACCUGCAGCCACAUCAUCCUCUCGGAGAAGCUGUGCAAAGGCUACCUGGUCAAGAUGGGGGGCAAAAUCCGGUCCUGGAAGAAGCGCUGGUUUGUCUUUGACCGCCUGCGGCACACCCUCUCCUACUACGUGGACAAACACGAGGCGAAGCUGAAAGGCCUCAUCUACUUCCAGGCCAUCCAAGAGGUUUACUACGAUCACCUCCAAUGCGCAGCCAAGAGCCCCAACCCCGCCCUGACCUUUUGCAUCAAGACCCACGACCGGCUCUACUACAUGGUGGCCCCCUCGGCAGAAGCCCUGCGCAUUUGGAUGGACGUCAUUGUCACGGGGGCCGAAGGCUACACCCAGUUCCUCAACUGAGGCAGCAGAUCCACGAAGAGCCCCUCAAGAUCUUCCCUCGGGCGGCCUCCGAAUGCGGGCAGGGACCCCUCUGCUGCCAUGGGUGCCUGGGAUGGGCACGCGAGUGGUGAAAGCUGGGCUCCCGUCAGCAGCCUCAGAAGUCCAGGAGGUCCCCAACCGCCAGCGUCAG